CAAUAACAAUAAUAAUAGCUACUUAUAUAAGCUACAACCACCAUAUACAUACUCUCGAGACCCUAAAUUACUAUACAUACACUUCCUGCACCAUCAUCCAACAUGCCUCCAACCACCGGCCUAUACAUUGCUUUCUACAACGACCCAGACAGCGUCUACAAACACUGGGCCCUAUUCAUCGACGGCCCCACUCACACCGAUAAAACCAUCCUCAACAUCAUGGGUUCGUCGACACGAUACCGAUUUGAAAUGAGAACUUCAAACCCUCGCCAAGAGCAGAAUCUCUUGGAACUAUUCUAUCUAUGUGAUAUCGACACUUCCAGGAUCAGCGCUAUCAAACAUAUUGCUGAGAAUGAGGUGGUGAUUCACAAUGAAUAUCCGGGAUAUAAUUGUCAGGAUUAUGUGCUGGAGGUUUUGGAGGAGUUGGAGAGUAGAGGGAUUGUUGAUGGGGAUGGGGAUGGGGGUUAUGGACAGAGGAAGGAGGAGCUUGUGAGGAGACAAGAGGGGUUGAUGUAGAUUCUUCUCCGCAUUAUUAUUAUUAUUAUCGAUCUAUUCUCCAGAUCACUAGUACACUUCUGUUUCUGGUAUUAUUGGUGUGUUUUGUUUUAAUAUGUUUUCAUGUUGCAGUUUCUAUAUCGGAAUAGCCGGAUUUUUGUUAGAACCCCUUCGCUUACUUAGCUUAUCUAUAAGGUAGGUAGGUACGUCCAUAAUGUCGAUAGUGGCAAUAAUGUAUGACAAGAUCGCUCAUUAACUAGAUCAGUAGUGUCCAUUCCAUGGGCCAAUGUGAAAUCAUUUGGGUAAUUCUUCCUGCUUGCAUUUCUCACAAUUGGAAGUUGGAUGCAUACCGACUACUUGAACUGUCUCUGGAAAUCGCGAUAUGAUCUAGACCGUAAAUCGGCAUUGCGCCGGGGGAG